AUGACUAUUUAUCUUAUUGAAUUAAGUUAUAAAUCUUACAACCAUGACAGUGAAGCAGUAGAAAAUCCGUUAUCUUAUCAUCUUGAACAACAAGUAUUACAGCAUCAAGAAGCUAUACAAACCUAUUAUCCUUCUGGUGGAUCGGUAACAUCUUCAAGACAAGCACAAUCUAGUUUAUCUCCAUCACAAUUAAUAACUCCAGAAAAAGUAAUCAAGAAACGUCAACCUAUCAAGAAAAUAACUGUUGAAGUUGAUCAAGAAAAUAUUUGGGAUAAAAUGAAAAGAACUGCUAUAACAAUUUCACUAGCAGAAUACUUAGCAAGUAAUAAGAAGGCCGCACAAGAUAUUAAACUAGGAAUAGCAUAUUUAUAUAGAAGAAGAAAAAUCACUACAACAACAAAUGAUCCGGUGGUUGUUAACAAUUUGAGGUCUACAGGUUUACUAGAUGAGGAAGCCUACAAAGACAAGGUUCAAAAACCUAUUUAUAACCUAAAUACUUCAGAUGGAUCAAGCGAAGAAAUUGGUAGUAGUGAUGAGGAUGAAACAAGCUCAAUAAGUGAAUCAAGUUUGACAACAAGUAGUGCUUUUGAUGAUGAACAAAUUAGUGAUACAGAUGAUGAACAUACAAUAAUAAGCUAUCCAUAUAUUCGUGAUACUAUGAAAAAAGCAAGACCUACAAGAGUUUUAAUACAGUGA